UUUUGUAAAAAGUUGGUUUUCAAUUAUAAGGAACAAAUGAAAGUUUUGUAUGAGUUCAAGCUUCGAAUUGUGGAAUAUUGGCCCAAAAGCAAGCACUUUUUCAUGAUUUCUUAAAAUUAUGGAAUAUUUUAAGCUUAUAUAAAUUGACCACAAAAAAAAACCUAAAGUCUGAUGUCUAGUGAUUAGCACUUAGAACCACACUCCCUCCUUUAAGUGCCACUGUAUCAACAAAAAAGGUAGUACUGGCUGGAGUUUUUCGUUUUACACAGUUAAACAAGGAAGAAAGUAUGAGAUCUAUAACAGGAUGGUGCAUUGGCUUAUUAGUUGCUACUUCGUAUUCUUUUAUGUCCUGCAAUGGCCACGGGAGAUUGAUUGAGCCGCCAAGUAGAGCAUCCGCUUGGCGAUUUGGAUUUCAAACCCCACCAGACUACAAUGACCAUGAACUUUACUGUGGUGGGUUUACCCGGCAAUGGAAAGUAAACGGUGGUAAAUGUGGAGAGUGCGGAGACGCGUGGGAUCUUCCGGAACCACGGCCCCAUGAAUAUGGUGGUCAAUGGGGACAAGGAUUAAUAGUGCGAAGUUAUUUGCCUGGAUCCAAAAUAAAGAUUCGUGUAGAAAUAACUGCUAGUCACAUGGGAUAUUUUGAGUUUCGGAUAUGCCCAAAUCAAAUUGCUAAGCAGUUUUGCUUAGAUCAAAAUGUAUUGCUAAUACUUGAAGGCCGUCCCUCUCAGCCAAUUCCAUCUGACCUAGACAUUCGUUUUUAUCCCAGAAAUGGAAGUCGCAUAUAUGAAAUUCAGGCGCGGUUACCUGAUUUUACAUGUGACCAAUGUGUUCUGCAAUGGCGUUAUGUUGCGGGCAAUAAUUGGGGAAUUUGCAGCGAUGGUAAUGGAGCCAUUGGGUGUGGCCCACAAGAGGAAUUUCGUUCGUGCUCGGAUAUUGCCAUCACUAAAAAGGGGAGUACUUAUACUGGACCCAGUCGUUCCUCAUAUCCAACACCUACACAAACUAAAAGAAGGCCAACAACCACGGAAACUAAUUCAGUAAUAAAUCAUAGUGAAACUCUUAAGUAUACUAUAAUUAUUUCGCUGGUAUUGAUAUUUUUCAUUUUUGCCGUGGGAAUAUGGUACAUAUUGAAUAAUAACAAAAUAAUGUCUAGUAACAAAUGUAUUAUAAGUCUUAAAAAAAAAUUGUUGUCUUGGAAUUCUAUAAAAAAAAAUAUUCUUGGAUGUGAUGUACUUAGGACCCCAUGCAAUGUAGGCGAUAUUAGAUUAGAAAAUCCACCAAUCCCCCCUCCAAGAACUAAAAGGCUAGAUAAAGCAACGAAAAUCUAGGAAAUGAAACAAUCAAAGCCUAGAACGUGUUAAUUCAUCAAACUAUUGCUCAUUGAACCUUGUUAUAAUAUUUAUGCACAACACAACUUAUUUGAGUUUUUAAUUUAAGAUUUAUGUUUCUGUAAGCUUAAAGCUCUAAGUCUGUAGAGCCCUUUCAGGGCCACCCCAAAGGUUAAUCGUUAGCAUUACCGAAAGUACUAGUAGGCAAAACUAUUUAAUAUUGGAAAAAAUAAAAGAAUUGUAAAAUUAAUUAAGUAAAUUUAAAAUAGGAAGCAUAGUUUUAUUAUUUUGAAGUUUUUGAAAAUUUAAAUAUUUAUAACGAUCCGACUGAAACCAUUUUUGGCAAACCGUACACUGGGGUGAACGACCCCAAAAGAGAAGAUACAUUCUAAAUACAGAUUUUGGAGAUGCACAAUAUGGUGCAUAUGUAGCAAAAGUAAUGUCCGCAUUAGGGAGGGAUAGAAUUAUGGUCUAUCUUAUAAAAACCUCACAAUGUGAAGCCAAUGUUAAAACUUUAAUAAUAAUUUUUACAAUAAAAAUAAUCAAAAAACAUUUUGAAAAUACGAAUAAUAAAUUCGAAUUCUUAACCA